AUGGUGAACUUCGCUUCCACCGUUAGCAGUGCGCUGGCUGCCGCCUCUCUUCUCAGCCUUGCCGCUGCCCACCCCGGCGAGAAGCAUGAUCAUGUUCACAUCAAGCGCCAGAUUGACGCUCGUCAGUUGCGUGCUGCUGCCGCCAAGCGCUCCUUGGGAGCGUGCGAGAACUCUCUCAAGCACCGUGACUUGAUGGCCAGGUCCGUCCAGCGUCGUGCCAACGCUCUCGACAGCCUUCGUGAGAAGCGCGGCAUCUCUGUCAACUCCAAGAAGCUGCGUCGUGAUCUCUCGGACCUCCAAAGCUUCGAGACUGUGAACCAUAACAUGACUGGAGAGCUCGACUACUCCCUCAACACCGACCCCGCCACCAUUUUCUCCGCCAACACUUCGUGCAUCCUUGCUCCCGAAAACACCGCCGGACCUUAUUACGUCCUCGGCGAGCUCGUCCGCUCGGAUGUCAAGGAGGACCAAGCUGGUGUUGAUCUUUACCUCGACGUCCAAUACAUCGACAUCAACACCUGCGAGCCCGUCAGCGGGCUUUACGUCGACGUCUGGAACUGCAACUCCACUGGUGUCUACUCCGGCGUCGAGUCCGGCCAAGGAGGCCUCGACAGUACUUUCCUCCGCGGCAUCCAAGCAACGGACGAAGAUGGUGUUGUAGCCUUCGAAACCAUCUUUCCCGGCCACUACGAAGGCCGCGCUACCCACACCCACUUGCUCACCAAGUCCAAUGUGACCGUUCGCGAGAACGGCACCACCGAGGGCGGCGCCGUCACCCACAUCGGCCAGCUCUUCUACCCUGAAGACCUCAUCACCGAUGUCGAGACCUUCGAGCCGUACAACACCAACACUGUCGAACGUACCACCAACGACGAGGACAUGUGGAGCAUCGUCCAGGCGGACGCUACAUACGAUCCCUUCCCGGAAUUUGUCUACCUCGGCGACAGCGCGGCGGAUGGUCUGCUUGCUUGGAUCCAGAUUGGUAUUAAUGCUAGCGCUGAUCACUCCGACGACGAGUACUACGCUGUUGCUGCUACUUACUACGAGGACGGUGGUGUUGCCAACGGUGACAGCUCGUUCGCAGGUGGAAGUGGCGCGCCCGGUAACGGAACUGGCAACGGAACCAUGCCUUCUGGUGCUCCUCCCUCUGGUGCUAUUUCCUCCGACCUUGCCUCUGCUACUGGCUCUGAUGCCGCUUCGGAUGCUGCUGUGACUAUUGUGUCUAGCGCUGCUGGCACUACGUUGACCACUGUCUCUGGCGCUGCUUCCUCGUCGGUUGCUGCGCCUUCUCGUGCUGCUAAGCAGUCUGGCAAGCCUUCCAACGUCCAAGGUCAGCAAGGUGGUAACCAGCAGGGUCAGCAGGCUCAGGGUCAGCAGCAGCAAGGCCAGGGCCAGGCUCAGAAGCAGCAGAAGAACCAGCAUCAGUAG